CUGGGCCGUCAGAGCCAACCGGCUCGCUCCAGGAGGUGAUGGGGGUCCCCUCAUUCCUAGCCCUCCCUGCUGCCAGGAGGGACCGAGCUGACUGUACACCCUGCCAUCUUUUGGGCCACACAUUACUGUGGACAGCUCUGCUAUUCCUGGCUCCUGUUGCUGGAAAACCUGCAGAUCUCCCGAAGGCUGUGCUGACCAUUCAGCCUGCGUGGGUCAGUGUGCUCAAGGAGGAUUACGUGACACUGAUGUGUCAGGGGACCAACUUCUAUGAAAGCAACCGCACCCAGUGGUUCCAUAAUGGGACCUUCAUCGCGAACCAGAACCAGCCCAGCUACAGCUUCAAGGCCGGCAGCAAGGACAGCGGGGACUACAGGUGCCAGAAAGAGCAGACCAGCCUCAGUGACCCUGUGCAUCUGGAUGUGAUUUCUGACUGGCUGCUGCUGCAGACCCCCAGCCUGGUGUUCCAGGAAGGCGAGACCAUCGUGCUGAGGUGCCACAGCUGGAGAAACAUCCCUCUGAAUAAGGUCACAUUCUUCCAGAAUGGAAAAUCCAAGAAGUUUUCCUACAUGAGUUCCAACUUCUCUAUCCCACAAGCAAACCUCAGUCACAGUGGCGAGUACCACUGCACAGGAUUUAUGGGGAAGACCCGGCACUCAUCGCAGCAUGUGACCAUCACUGUCCGAGGGUCCAGCUUGAGCAGCUCCUCAUCGUCGGUGACAGUGGUUGUGGCCGCAGUGGCUUGCGUUGCUGCAGUGGCUAUUGCUGGUGCCACGGCAGCCUGGUUCCGCCUCAGGCGAACGCAGAUUUCAGCCACUUUCACUGAUGAUGAAGAGGCUGCCAAAACUGAGGCUGAGAAUACAGUCACCUAUUCACUUCUCUCACACCCGGAAGUUGCAGAAGAAGAAACAGAGUCGGAUUACCAGAACCACAUUUAGUUUUCAUUGUCUUGCCUGGGACUUGGGGAAGAGAAUUCAGAGAGGCCAGGGUCUGGGGUCUUCUGGCCUGAAUUCCUCUUAGGGAGGAGAAGAGGAUGCUGCAGUUCUGAAGAAGGAGAAUGGUUCUUUCAGAGUUGUCUACGUGAAUCCUGAAGCUCCCUGUUCUGAAAGCCGCAGACGAUAUGGUCUCAGAUAGCUGACUGCUGAUUUCUUCUGUGCCUCAGCACUUCUCGCCAUCGGGACUCUUCUGCUAUACAUCCACACAGCCAGUGAAAAGUACUUUUAUUAAGAGCAACACAGAAAUGCUAAUGUUACAGGUUAUAUGAAAAAAAUUAGAUAAGUAUGUAUGAUUUCAGAAAUGUUGAAAUAAACUAACAUAUGCCAAUAUAUUAAAAGUGAUUGUU